CGGCUCUGUUUUGUUCCGAUUGCUUAUUUACGUUUUCUCUGCGCGAUAACAACACACCUUUUCGUCGUGAUUUCAGUAAAAAGUACUUAAUUUUAUGAUGCAACGUAACGACCAAUUGCAGCAGCAGCAGCAGCUGGAUGACGGACAGCGAAAUGCAUUGAACUACCAAUUUUCCCAGGAAGAGUUGCGUGUGCUGCGGGAGUGUAACCGCGAAUCCUUCUUCCAACGAUCGCUCCCACUGGGGACGCUUAUGGGGUUCGGCGCAUGGUACGCGGUGCACAAUAAAUACCUGAAGGCGAGCGUUCGUUUCGGUCCCGCUCCGAAGGUGUUGGUCGGUGUUACGCUCGGGUACUUCAUCGGGAAAAUAAGCUACCAGGGCAAAUGUGCCGAAAAGAUUAUGCAGCUGCCCAACUCGCGGCUGGCGGACAUGAUGCGCCAACGUCGUCAAGGUACCACGGGAAUGGCCGACAAAUUCCUUCCUGAUCAGGGGUUCGGUGCAUCGAGCAUGCUGACGCCGUUUGAAUCUACACCGGCACGUGAACGGCAUGCCGAUGAAUCAUUCCUCAGCAAUGGUUCGUUGAAUCUGUACUACGAUGGUCCACAAUACUCGGGCCUGGAUGAUAGUGGCCGUCCAACGGUAGACUCUACCACCAACUUUGAGGAAGAUCUUCAGCUGCCACUCGCUCCAAAGGCAUCCAAAAGCUACGAGGAACUGCGGCGACAGAAUCGGGAAGAGUAUCUGAAACGACAGCAGCAACCUUACCGGCCAGCGACAGUCCUCGAGGACAGUCCUCCGAUUCGACGCGAGUCGAUGGAUCGCCGCGGCAGUAUGACACCGGAGGAACAGCCGUCGUUGCCGCCGGGCCCACCGUCGGUGAAGAACAAGUACGGCGAUGCUUGGUCACAGUAGGCUUCCUCGUCAAAGCGUCCCUUUCAUUACUCUUUCAUGCUUAAAUUAGUACAGAUAGAAAGUUUCCUAAAUACACACACACACUACAAAUACACG